CACCCAAUUUCGGACCACGCCCCCGUCGACUCCGAAUCGAAUUCGGAAUCUCUCGCUCUCUCUCUCUUCUCUCUCUCUUCACUCUCUCUCGCUUCCGAAGCACGUCGGCGAUGGCGCUGCAGCUGUGGGAGACCCUCAAGGGCUCCAUCGUCGCCUACACCGGCCUCUCUCCGGCGGCCUUCUUCACCGUCGUCGCCCUCGGCCUCGCCGUCUACUACGUCGUGUCCGGCCUCUUCGGCUCGUCCUCCGACCGCCACCAGCGGCCGCGCGACUUCCAGGAGCAGAUGCAGCCCCUCCCCCCGCCCGUCCAGCUCGGCGAGAUCUCCGAGGAGGAGCUCCGGCAGUACGACGGCGCCGACCCCAAGAAGCCCCUCCUGAUGGCCAUCAGGGGGCAGAUCUACGACGUCUCCCAGAGCAGGAUGUUUUAUGGGCCAGGGGGUCCUUAUGCUCUAUUUGCUGGGAAGGAUGCAAGCAGAGCUCUUGCAAAGAUGUCAUUUGAAGAGAAAGAUCUGACUGGGGAUAUAUCUGGUCUUGGCCCAUUUGAACUCGAUGCUUUGCAGGACUGGGAGUACAAGUUCAUGAGCAAGUAUGUUAAGGUUGGAACCAUCAAAACCAUCCCAGCGGCGGAAGGAGCAUCCACUGCUGAAUCUGCAGAAGUGGCUGAUAAAGAUGUGCCUAAGACGAGCGAAGAUGGCCCAUCAGAGAGCACUGAGGCUAAAACUGAAGAAACCCCUUCAUCAGUCAAACCUGAGGAUGCUGAAUGAACGAGGCUUGGGGAGUACUGUUGUCUGCGUGCUUCUCAGUUAUCACACCCAUAUUCCAAAAAUAACUUACUGUUAUGAGGCCUUGAACACUGUACGCCGAUUCUCAUGGAUAUUUAGUUCUUCAAAUAAUGUAUUUGGCACCCAAUGAACUUAGGUAUGUCGGAUUUUGGAGCUGCGACUUGUAUUAUGCCUUGUGGCGGUGUGAUAAUGUACACUGUAAAUGAGGAUCUUAGAAUAUAUUUUCUCCUUAAGAA